CCCAGGUGUCCUGGCUGCCAGCCCCCUCUGCUCUAACCCACCGGAGCUAGGAAAGAAGCCAGGAGUCCUCGUUCCCAGGCCCUGCCCCAAUCCACCAGACCCCUUCCCCUCCCACAUUUCAGACGGUGCAAUAACAGUGUGUGUAGGGCCCUUUCCCUUUAAAUAGCAUCCGGGUGGGCAGGGGUCCACCCUCUCCCAGCUGCCCCUGAUGGGGCUGUAUCCAUUUAAGCUCUGCCCCAAGCCUAGCCUGUCUUCCUUAAGUUUUCCUGGUUCUGGUGCUGGGUCAGCCAUGAGGUGCUGGCUUGUGGGGCUUUUUUCUCUCUGCUUGGGGCUGGGGGUUGCCUCCCUGCCCCCCCUAGACUACCCCAUAGCCUUGUACUCCGGGGUCUCCUGUCUCUCCACCACCCUAAGGCUCCGCCCUGCCUUCUGUCUGUAUGAGCAGUGGCUCCGGGCUAGCGUGGACCCCAGUGAGGCCCCCCGGGGAUCAGCCACCAUUGAGGUGCAGGUCCAGCCCACAGGGGAUAACGCCACCUACAAGGUGCCUGGCACGUUCCCCAUGCCGCCCUGCAGCCCCCUGCACCAGGAGCCCAUGGCCCCACAGGAGUUUGCCUACGAUAUGGGGCCCAGCCUGGAGUGUCUCAACGACACCUGCUUGCUGGGGGUGCUCCCUGGGCACAGUUACAGGGUCCGUUAUGUGCUGUACAACCACGCCAUGGCACAAGUUGCCAUCACAAACUGGUCCCAGCCCUUUGAGACCCGAGCGCCUGUGUUACCUCCCCAUACUUCUGGGCAGUGCCUGUGCCCUCCAGCUCCAGUGACUGUGCCCCUCCUCUGCUGCCUCCCCAGGACCCCUGGGGCUGCCAUGCUGCACCCCCCUCUCCAGGAGACGCUGCAGCUCCCAGGGGUUGAGAUGAUGGUGCUGGUGGAGAGGGUAGAGCGGAAAGGCUGGCCGGGGGAGCCGCAGAGCACGGCAGGGGCCCGGGCCAUGGGCCUGUUUCUGGGAGCCUGUGGUCUCCUGCUCUGCCUCCUGGCUGGAGUCUACUGUGCCUACUGCCGAGCUGCAAGGAAGGAGCUCUUCACCCACCAUUGCCUGCAGGAUGCUACCUUUGAUGACCUGGUGCUGCACCUGGAAGCCCCUAAAGACUCCUAUGACUGGUUCUACUAUGACACAGAGUAUGAGGUGCCCCCACCAGCACCCCGCCUGCCUGUGCAGGCCCAGUCCCAGAUGGCCCCUACCCUGCCAUCUGCCUGCCCAGUUCUGCUGAAGCCCCCAAAGGAUGAGGCCUUGGGUCCCCCUGGCCAGGAGCAGCCCAAACUGAGGCCCCUGAAACUGGAGUGUCUCUCCCCAGCCAGCCUGCCUCAGGGGAACUACAUGUGAGAGCCCCACUUCCCCAAGCUUUUAACCCACUAAAACUCUCCUCCCCUUCCUGAGCUGUGGUUCAACCCAAGGAUCCUGGCUCCCAGCCCCCUCUUUUUUUCCCCCCCCCCCCCCCCCCAACUACACCCCUCUCCCUUCCCCAAGCUGGAGUAGAACCUGGAGGCCCCAGCUGUGCACUGGCUGAGGGAAUUGUGAUGGAGAUGGGGUCUGUUGGGGGGGGUCCUGUGUGCCCUGGUGGGGGGUUGGAGGUUGGGGGGGGGUGGGGAUUGUGGAUGGUCAGUUCAAUAAACUGCCCUGCACCCCACAAAGCAUCCUGGCCUUUCUGGUAGGUCAUAUGUAACUCCCCACAGCUCAUACAGUAUGUUCACAGGAGACCUGACCCACAGCUUUCCUGUGGGUACUUGAGGCCACAUGAUACCAGGGGCGACCCUACAAAAACACAGCAGAGGUCUGCUCUGGGUUAUGUGGGGUCUAUAAACUCACAGCCCCCUGCCCUGGGCUCCUUAUAGGGUAAUGCAACCUGAGUGUGCAGAGAGCCUGAGCCAGUUGCUCCCACGGGUAUGAAUUCUCCCUGUCCAUCCUUCUUCUGUGGGGUGGGACAGGAGCUGGAGGGAGACUUUUAGAGUUGGAUCUAGUGCCUCUGUGAUCCAGUUCACCCCAGGGAGGAUCUGAUGAAUGGGAUGUGAAGGGAAAGAGGAAGGAAAAAUCCCUCUCAGGCUGACACACUUAUGGCCUGUUCAGCUCGGGGCAUGUGCGCAUGUGUUUGGGGGAGGGGGCAGGGCUUGUAUAAAGGGGUGGGGUUGAGAAGGACCUAUAUGGAGACAGAGUCUGCAGGGGGGGAGGCCCCCGUUAAGGGCAUGGAGCCAGACUGUUCCAAUGCUUUAGUAAAAAUAACACAACAGUGAUGCUCUGGGCAUUGGGUAUUAUGGGGGUGCACAGACCGUGGCAAUGGACUUGUGGGGUGUGGGGGGCAUGAGACCCUGGUGGAGCACCCCUGAGCCCUCCAGCAAGAAAGGAGAGAAGGAAGAGGGGGUAGAUUGCCCUGGAGGGAGGGGGAAGGGACAGCAGGAGA